UCUCCCGCCCAUCGCACCUCAACGCUCUCCGACAGGACACUCUGCAUCGUCAAGAACAGUGCCUGCGAGCUCGCUUACAAGUUCUCGUUUUGUGCUUGCCUCGACAAAGUCUACUUAGACUAGGAAGACGCCCUCUCGGGAUAUUCGAUCUCAUACCAGUGGGGCAGCACUAGCUGAUGAUACCAUUGCGUUACCGGUUCAUGCCUCCUGCAAUUUUUUCCUUGGCCAAUUAAAAUCAGAGGCAGAAGCACGUCUCACUGCAAAAAUGGCAAGCCCAAACUCUCCCUAUCCUAUCCCGGGGCCCUCUACCUACUAUCAUACCCCUCCUCCGCCUCAGCACCAGUACGGUCAUGCUCCGGGUCCCGCAUCUCUCUAUCCGUACAUGCCGCCAAUCAAUGGGCAUGUUCCAUUACACCAGCCCACCUCCCCGAGGAUAAGCCCCACAAGUAGAGGACGAUAUAAUACUGGCAGGGGAGGAGGUAUCCAUGGCUAUCAGCACUACCAGCACCUGCCACCAACGUAUGGCAUUCCUCCCACUAACAUGCAAUCGCCGCCAGUUUCGCCAGUGAGCCCAUUCACGCAACCCCAGAAAUAUACCCCGCACGUGCCACAGAUCCCGUAUUCACCACCCUAUGCCCAUCAGACCAACGGGUCGUAUCCUCCUGCAUGGUCCGCACAGCCGCUGUCGCCAUUGCCAAAACAAUUAUCGAUGCUGCCACCCACGGCACCAUCGCAAUCCGCUCAAUUUUCCCAUCCCUCUCAGCCUCAGGUUCAAUCUUUUCCAUCUGCUUCGUUGUCCGAGACGAUAGCUCAGCCAUCACCGGCUCUGUCGCAUCCGUCAUCGCCCAAACCUGAGUGUCCCCCAGCUACAGUAGUCAAUCAAGAUACUGUGCCUCAGGAUAACGUUUUUCAUGAUAUAGCGUCGACACCAGAUUCCCCGCUACCAUCUUCUCGAUCAAAUAGUGGCCAAUUUGUGGUAUGGUCACGAAGACCUCAAGACCCUUCGCAAGCACCGGGUGUGAUCAUAUCCUCUGAGGCCUUCCCGCCAGAAGAUGUUUUGCAGCAAGCGCUCGACCUGCCGACUCCUCCAGCCUCUCCCAAACUUCAAGCAACGGAGGCGUCAACACAACCCACAGAGCCUUCGUCCGAUGCUCAUCAUGUACCCGAUGAAUUCCAUGAUGAGUCUCCAGAGGCAGCUGAUGUGACUUCUUCUGUCACGGAGACGUCCACGUCCUCAACAAUGGGAGAGACGCCUAUGCCGGGCUCCCCAGCAUCCUCGCAUACUUCUAUGUCGAUGCAGGCUGCAUCUCCCUCUGUAGACAAUGCUUCGAAGGUCUCACCUUCGUCGCAGGUUGAGACGCAGCUAAUCUCAACAACGCCGUCGACUGCUGAAGGUGCCCCAACUCCUACCACGGAGUCUACAACCUCAGUCACACCCGCGGCUCCUAGCGCAGACUUGCAGCCGGCGUCUGUUUCUUCGCCUACAACGUCACAAAAGGCUCCCCUCAAGAAGUCGUGGGCCUCCCUGCUUCAAUCGACCGAUGCCGCAGCAUCCUCGUCAAAGACUAGCCUCCCAGUCUCUUCCGUGGUAGGCAUCUCCAUUCCAGCAUCGGCACUGUCGAGUUUGUCAGCAAGCACCACGGUUGGCGCUGUCGUUCCCGCCCAACAGCGCAGCGAACUCUUACAUAUAUUAAAUAAGGGGCCAAGCACAGCCAAUGUCCCGCUGAAGAUCCAGCCUCGUGGUCUAAUCAAUACGGGCAAUACGUGCUUUGCUAACGCUGUCCUUCAAAUAUUGGUGUACUGCCAACCGUUCAACAAGCUCUUCACGGACUUGUCCAAGUAUCUCACCGGUCCUGUUGUGGGCUCUCAAAAGGAGGGGACGAAGGCUACACCCUUGAUUGAUGCCAUCGUCCGGUUCAUGAAGGAGUUCGUUCCUGAAACUAGCUCCGAUGCGAAAGCGAAGGGUAAGGAACGGGAGGAUGAUUUCUAUGAGCCGGAGUCCUUCAUUCCUUCAUAUGUUUAUGAUGCGAUGAAGGAGAAGAAACGCUUCGCGAGCAUGAUUGGUGGACACCAAGAAGACGCGGAAGAGUUCUUGGGAUUCUUCCUGGACACUCUCGAGGAAGAGCUCUUGUUGCUAUCCGACUCAUUAUCCCCAAAACGUCCCAAAACGAACGAGCCGGCCGAACAAGAACCCUCUCCAGAUGAAGGCUGGUACGAAGUUGGCAAGAAGAACAGGCCGGUGAUGACACGAAUGGUCAAGUCGACGGAGUCUCCGAUAACGAGGAUCUUCGGCGGUAAAUUCCGGACGACACUGCGGGCCCCUCAUCAGAAGGACUCUGCUACCGUCGAGGACUGGCGCUCGCUCCGUCUUGAUAUACAGCGGGAGCAAGUACACACCAUCAAGGAUGCGCUGCAGCACAUCUCUCAUCCCCAACCUGUGCAGAUCAGCCAGUCCACGCGACCUGGUGUCGUAGUCGAGGCUACGCAGCAGGCACUCGUCGAAGCCCUCCCUCCGGUGCUUGUGCUCCAUUUGAAGAGGUUCUUGUAUGAUACCAAUGUGGGUGACGUCGUCAAGAUCGGGAAACAGAUAUCGUACGGUCCGGAGUUGGAGAUCAGCCCAGAUCUGCUGACUCCCGCAAAACGGACGCCACAUCCCGCGAAGUACCAGUUGUUCGGAGUGUUAUAUCAUCAUGGGCAAUCGGCGUCCGGGGGGCAUUACACCCUUGACGUUCUACAUCCAAACCGGGAUCUGAGCGACAGGCCGCGGCCGGCUUGGAUACGGAUAGACGACGAGCUUGUUUCCGAUGUUCGACCUGAGGAUGUAUUUGGUGGAAUGGAACGGGACGAUCGAUGUGCAUAUUUGUUGUUUUACCGUAGAUUAGCUGGCUGGGGAGCCCGGCCGUGAUUUUAUCAAUGCACUGUUGAGGCUGCUUUCAGUGCUCUCC